AUGUCUGUGGUGACUGCUGAAAGCUUGAAGUCGGAGCUGGACAUGUUUGACGUCGCAUGUCUAAGUGACUCAGUGUUGGAUAAGAUGGUUGAGCAAUGUAUUUGUAACAGAAUACAAGCAGAUGAAAUCGUGCUGGAGUGGGUUGCCUACAGCACUACAAAGAGUGGUCUGAAACUCACAGUAGAAACACUUGAACAAUUUGAGCAUGAGAUUCUAAACAAGAAAAGCAAAUCUAAACAAAGUUCUAAGAGAGAAGAAACGCUUGGGAGAACAAGGGAUAUUCAUUCAUUGCAGGAAUUGAUUAAAGCAGAGGAAGAAGAAGAAAAUUUGCUUGACUCCUACUCUACUCCUGCUAAGGGCUCUCAAAAGCGUGCGCUGACUACACCUGAACAACCUCAGUCUAAAAGAAGUGCAGCUCUGCUCUCCAGUCCUGGCCUCCUGUUGUCUCCUGCCAGUUUCUCUCCCAGUUUAACGCCAUCCCAAAAGUACAGCCAGCGUGGGGGAAAGGGGGAAGUUGUGGUCUCAUUUGGACUGGUGCAAGGCACACGCUGGAUGGGCAGGAGCUGUCCUGGUGUUGGAGUGCAGCUGGACCUGCUGGAAGGACCUGAAGACUCUCUCACCUGCAGCUACAAAUAUAUGUUUCAGAGGCUGCGAGAUAUUCGUAAUGUAUUGACUGAUAAGAUAGAGGAGUUGGGGGAAAGCCUUAAAUCUAAUUUUAACAUCGAGGAAUUCUCCCCCGUUUCUCUUCCUGCUCAGGAUAAAAUCACUGUGCUUGGUCAAAUCUGCUGUGACAGUAAUGGGAAACUGAAUGCACAUUCAGUCCUGCUUGAGGCAGGACCAGAACAGGGAGGUCAACAGAUACCCGUCGAUGUGUCGGAACUCCCAGAGUACUCCCUGUUCCCUGGUCAGGUGGUUGUAAUGGAGGGAAUGAACACAACAGGAAGAAAACUGGUUGCUUCCAAACUUCAUGAGGGUGUUCCUCUGCCCUUUUACGCACCAAUCAAAAAGGAAAUGGAUGAGGAUGCAGCGCCUCUCAAUGUUUUAAUUGCAUGUGGACCAUUCACUCCUUCUGAUACUUUAACAUAUGAUCCUCUACUUGACUUAAUCAGCGUCAUUUUAAAGGAUCGUCCAGAUGUUUGCUUAUUGCUGGGGCCUUUUGUAGAUGCAAAACAUGAACAAAUUGAGAAGGCUCAAGUGACGGAAACAUUUGAUGCUAUAUUCUUGAGAUGUAUAGAAAGCAUUGUGGAUGGCACCAAAAGUGUUGGCUGUCGUCUGGUGUUUGUGCCCUCCCAGAGGGAUAUCCACCACCCUUUUGUCUACCCUCAGCCUCCGUUUACUCUGACUAACCUCAGCAAGGAUCAAGCCCAGAGAGUCACCCUGGUCCCAGAUCCAUGCACGUUGCUGAUCGAUGGUGUGACCGUUGGCUUGACCUCAACAGACAUUCUGUUUCACAUGGGUGCUGAAGAGAUCAGCAGUGGGACUGGAACAGAUAGAUUCUCACGCAUACUAAAGCACAUCCUGACCCAGAGAAGCUACUAUCCACUGUACCCUCAUGUGGAGGAGGUUAAUAUGGACUAUGAGAAGUUUCAGAGCUAUGGCCAGAUGCCAGUCACUCCUGAUGUACUUAUUAUUCCUUCAGAGCUGCGCUACUUUAUAAAGGACGUAGUGGGCUGCGUCUGUGUCAAUCCUGGGCGUCUAACCAAAGGUCAGGUGGGAGGGACCUAUGGCCGGCUACUUCUUCAGCACAGUACCUCAUCUGAGGACACAAAAAGAAUAAGCCCUUGUUUGGCUGCUCAAGUGGUAAAGAUCUAA